AUGGGGGUUCGUGGGCUAUCGUCCUACGUUCGUAACGAUCCCCGGAAUUUUUCUCCCUUGAUUCUCCAUGACACAUAUAUUGUUGUCGAUGGAUUCAAUCUCAUUAACUACCUUUAUCUUCACUCAUCCUUAUACACUCAGUAUAACGGAGAAUAUUUGGCCUUUGAUACAAUCGUGGAGGAUUUCAUCACCAACUUGCGGAAGUGUCGUGUAGAACCCAUUUUUGUCUUUGAUGGAGUCCACAACACUUCGAAGUUAUCCACCCUCCUCAGACGAAACCGCGAUCGACUUGUCACUUGCUCACAACUUCAGAAGAAUGCAUCCUCCGCCAAAGAUGGCACUUCUGCAGAUUACCGCAUUGCCAUGCAACCCCCCGCGACUUCUCUUUGCUUUUUCGCCACUUUGACGCGCUUGAACGUUCGCCAAUUAACUACCGACCGGGAGGCCGAUCAACUGGCUGCAUCCUUGGCCAUCCAUCUCGGCUGUCCUGUUUACUUGCCAGGAGUAUCAAAUCAACAGCAGGCUCGACCCACCGGCCAAGCUGCAUCAAUAGCGGCCAGCCAAGCGCGUAACGCCGAUAAAUUUAGACGUCUGAUUGAGUGGUUGUCCGACUACUUGGACUACUUGUUUCCACCAGCUAAGGGAAAUCCGCUUGAUAUGGUCUCAUCUAACAGCGGGUCUGGUAAAGCUACUUGCCGGUCGCUUCCUAAGACCACUGGCUCGGGCAGUCAGUCGGUCGGAGAUGCCGCGCUUUCAGCCCUGACGGAGGCCUCACAGGUACAAGAAGUGCCUCUGAUGUUUAACUGGCCUCGAUCUUUGGUGCUUUCCUUCCGUAGACGCUACUUUGCACCGGUUCUCUGUGAUUCUCUGUAUUCAAAUGGAUAUGUAUUGGGUCCUGUCGUUGAGGACUAUGAAAAUCGACAGGCUCACCACCUAUGUGCCGCUCCCAUCCGUCAUCUUAUAUACGGUCUUCUUCUACAACUGGAAGCCUCAGCUUCGUCUGGUUGGCCUUUGUCGCAUUUGCCAGGUCUCCAAGGUCCCCCCACUCGACCCUAUGUUAGUGAAUAUACAAGAGUCCACGCCUCCAGAAUUGAACACCGCCGCAUCGGGAUAACGUUCUUGAGUUUAAACCCGUCCACUCCAGACGCUGACGCACGUCAUACCUUCCUCUCCGAGCAUCUCAGUCUCAUCGAAAACCGUGCGGACACUCCUUCCUGGAUGCACGGUCUCAUCUGCCUCUACUUCCUGUGGAUGCGUUUUAAUAAACACACUUACGCUCUGCUCCCUAGUCACACUGAAACUACUGCCCACUUUGCCCAAUCGCUCAACACGUAG